GGUUGUCACUGUCGAAGAUUUUCCCUCAUUUUCUCACUAUAUGGGUUUCCAACAUUAUUGAAAGAGUUGUUUUUUCAUUUCGCUUCCUCAUUAUUGAAAGGAAUUUCAGAUGAACAAGCAAUGAACAAAUCACAAGCAUUCUCGUGGUCGCGUCUCAUCCUCAAUCAAGCCAUUAAAAAUCCAACCAAAGCCCCACUCCCCUUCUCCGGGAAAAUCUCCACUUCCCCACACUUUCCCACCUCUCAUGCGCCCAAGCCCUCGUUUUCGUUUUCUGGGAAGACCCAUUAUUCCACAGUAUCAUCCAGAGCGGCCCAAGACCUUCUUGCCGAGGUAGAGAGAGAAAAGCAGAGAGAAAGAGAGCAGCGGAAAAGGGCUGGUCUGGACACCAAAGACAUUGAUCAAGAAGAUGAGGAGGACUACUUGGGUGUUAUACCAUUGAUUGAGAAGCUCGAUAAGGAGAAGCUCAAGGGGGAUACUGGGGACUUGAACUUGUAUGAGGAGCCUACUGAUUCUGAUAGCGACGAAGACGACGAAAGGUUCACGCCCGAUGCCGUCAAGAAGAGGUUUGAUGAGUUUCAGAAGAAGUUUACGCGCCACGAGGAGUUGCUCAAGAACUUCACCGAGGCUGGAACACUUGAUGAUGCUUUUAAAUGGAUGAAUAAAAUUGACAAGUUCGAGCAAAAACAUUUCCGGCUUCGCCCUGAAUAUAGGGUCAUCGGUGAGUUGAUUAACCGUCUCAAAGUAGCUGAGGGCAAGGAUAAAUUCAUUCUCCAGCAGAAACUAAACAGGGCUAUGAGAUUGGUGCAGUGGAAGGAAGCCUUUGAUCCAAACAAUCCUGCCAAUUAUGGAGUCAUUCAGCAUGAACAAGUGGAUUCCUCAGUUGAUCUCUUGGAACAUGCUGGAUUUGAAAAAGAAAAGCAAAUUAUACAAGGAGUUGAUGAUGAUGACGAUGAAGAGUUCAAUGACAUGAAGGAGAAAGAUGACAUACUGUUAGAGAAACUUAACGCGAUUGACAAGAAACUUGAAGAGAAGCUAGCAGAGUUAGAUCAUACAUUUGGGAAGAAGGGUAAGGUUCUAGAGGAAGAGAUCAGAGAUCUAGCAGAGGAAAGAAAUGAUGUGACAGAGAAGAAGAGAAGACCCCUCUACAGGAAAGGCUUUGAUGUUAAAAUAAUCAAUGUGAACCGAACUUGUAAAGUUACAAAGGGGGGGCAAGUGGUCAAGUACAGUGCCAUAUUAGCUUGUGGGAACUAUCAUGGUGUUGUUGGUUAUGCUAAAGCAAAAGGCCCAGCAGUCCCUAUUGCUCUUCAGAAGGAUUUUGAACUCAAUGCGUAUGAGAAAUGCUUUCAGAAUCUACACUACGUAGAACGACAUGAGGAGCAUACAAUUGCACAUGCAAUACAAACAACUUAUAAAAAAACAAAGGUGUAUCUCUGGCCUGCAUCCACUAGGACGGGUAUGAAAGCAGGAAGAACUGUCCAAACCAUUCUAAACUUAGCUGGUUUCAAAAAUGUCAAGUCUAAGGUUGUAGGUUCAAGGAAUCCUCAUAACACAGUUAAGGCUCUCUUCAAAUCCCUUAAUGCGAUUGAAACUCCAAAGGAUGUUCAAGAGAAGUUUGGCCGCACUGUUGUUGAGAAGUACCUGCUGUGAUAGAUGUGUUUAAUCUUGCUUGUUUGCAGAAUUCUUUAAGUCCUGUUAUGUUGUUCUGAAAUAAGCUUGUAUUCACUUAUUAGAUAAUUUGAUAAAAAUGAAAAUUUAUUUAUAUGUUAGUUCUGUACUUGGUUACCCUGGUUGGGAGGGGAGCUGUGAGGAGGAAAAGCAAGUGCUGCUUAAGUUGAAAACACAGGGUAAAGGACCAAUUCUUUUCUACCAUAAUUUUUCAUUCAAGAGAUAUGUAAUUCAAUUUGUUCCCCCUCA